CUGGUGCUCGUUUCGUCUCGUCAGCGUUGCGAUUCGAUUCGAUUAGAAACAAAUUUUUUGAAGAACCCUAAUUUCACCUUUUUUUUUGGUUCUGUUUUCCCCCAAAUUGAUUGCUUCGCUUGGGAAUCAAUUCACGUUCCUGAUACCCUAAUCUCAAGCAAAUCCAUGGCUCCGAAGAAGAAGCACUCCGAGGGCAUUGCUUUGUUGUCCGUUUACAGCGAUGAAGACGAUGAAGAGAUGGAAGAUGCCGAGGAAGAAGAGGAGGAAGAAGAAGUGCAGAAGCAGCGUGAAGAAAGCGAACGAAGAGAUGAGGACCAGCUAGGUGAAGCAACUGACUUGGAAGAGGACAGAGGAGGAGAGGAGGAUUCGAGGACGUCUGGAGUCGGCGAUGGUGGAGCUUCGAGCGUCCACGCGACUCCUAGAUCGAUCGAUGACAACGAAUUAUCGAGGCCCGAUUCUUCGAGUAGAAUGAUUGUUGAUUCGGAGAUUGCAGAUGGUGAAAGAGUUGGUGAUGCAUCUGGGGAAAGUACCGACACGUUAUUGGAUAAGUUUCUGCCGCCACCACCUAGGGAGAAGUGUUCGGAGGAGCUCCAAAGGAAAAUAGAUAAGUUUCUUAGCUUGAAGAAGUUUGGAAAGAGUUUCAAUACGGAAGUGCGGAAUAGGAAGGAUUAUAGAAACCCGGACUUUUUGUUGCAUGCGGUGCGGUACCAAGAUAUCGAUCAGAUUGGAUCUUGCUUCAGUAAAGAUGUUUUUGAUCCCCAUGGAUAUGACCCGAGUGACUUUUACGAUGAAAUAGAAGCCGAUAUGAAGCGUGAGAGGGAAAGGAAGGAGCAAGAAAGCAAGAAGAACCAAAAACUCGACUUUGUUACUUCUGGUGCUCAACUUGGGACAGUUUUUGCGGGUCAGAAGCCUAUCAUUCCCAUCCCAGGACUUCCAGCAUUACCUACAAGUGGAUUGUCCUCUGUAUCAACUGAUACGGGAUCACGAGAUGGCAGAGCUAACAAGAAAUCGAAAUGGGAUAAGGUGGAUGGCGACGGGAAGAAUCAUCCCCUUCCGGGUAGUGCUCAAGAAUUACGGUCUAAUCCAGCUCUCCUAUCAGCCGCCAGUGCUGGUUCCGGAUACACAGCCUUCAUGCAACAGAGGAAGAGAGAGGCGGAGGAAAGAAGAUCGGUAGAGAGGAAAUUGGAGAGAAGAUCUUGAGAGGGUUUCUUCUGCCUGCUUUGGGCGUCUGUGUUGUAACACAAUGCGUUAAGUCUUAGUCUAUUGUUUUUUUUCCCAUUAUAUAAACGAAAAUAUGAAUCCAGAGUCGAAUCUUAAUCUGAUAUCUGAAUAACUCUAAUCGGAUUUUUGUUUUAUAAAAAUUUCGUAUGUA